GAGGCGGCCCCAGCCACCCCGGGCGCCCCGGCAGGGGGUAGCGCCCCCGCGUGCCCGAUGCUCCUGGCCGACAAGAGCCCGCCAGGCCUGAAGGGCAAGGAGCCCGUGGUGUACCCCUGGAUGAAGAAGAUCCAUGUCAGCGCGGUCAACUCCAGUUAUAACGGAGCGGAGCCCAAGCGCUCUCGAACCGCCUACACCCGGCAGCAGGUCUUGGAGCUGGAGAAGGAGUUCCACUUUAACCGCUACCUGACCCGGCGGCGCCGCAUCGAGAUCGCCCACACGCUCUGCUUGUCCGAGCGCCAGGUCAAGAUCUGGUUUCAGAAUCGGAGGAUGAAGUGGAAGAAAGAUCACAAACUGCCCAACACCAAGAUGCGCUCCUCCAACUCGGCUUCAGCCUCAGCUGGCCACCCAGGGAAAGCACAAACUCAGAGCCCCCAUCCUCAUCCCCACUCAAGCGUGUCCACACCCAUUUCUUCCUCGAUAUAAUCCUCUAUAAAGAUCUAGACCACUUUCUUCCCCUUACCUGCUUUUCUCCUCUCUUCUUCUGUCCCUUUCCCCUUUCACUCCUCCCUGCCUGGAUCAUAAGACACCAAAACAAUACCCAGUUUGGUGAAAAGGAUAACAAAAAAGAGGACGUUAUCCCGGUAAGAGUGUGUGCUGGUUGCUAUCCAAAAGAGGGCAGUGGGCCAGGAUGCUGGCUGGUGGAACAACCUGCUGGCCUGAACAGGCUGCCAGGUUUGGGUACCUGAGAAGGGCCACUUGGCAUCAAAUACUUUUGAGAUGACUGAAGUCAGUUGGACAACCCAUGCUGACUGGGGACAUGUACAGGUAUAUUUGUGGCAAGCAGAAGAAAACAGACCCCUUCCCCACCUCACUUACUUCCCUCUCCCCCAUGAAGGCAGCUCAGACAAGGUUGUAUUGAACUGAAUAAAUGAGCAGACAUUGUGGACCUCACAGGAUUAUUUAAUUCUCAAAAUGUAUAGACUUUGAUGGUAGGUGUGACACGUUAGUUUCCCUUCCUUGCAUUUAUUUAAAAUAUUGUUAUAGAGAUAUUGUUGUGUUAUCUUGGGGCAAAAUCUUGGGACAAGGGGAGUGCAUUUAGACCUAUGUGCAACUGUACAAAUUGUGAUGUGGCUAUAUAAGAGCCAUGUGCUAAGAAUAAACUCUGUUCUAAAAAUCAUUAAAAAUCUAA